AUCAUUAUUUUGUUAUCUUCUUUAGAUAAUCUGAUUAUUCCAAAAAAUAAAUAAAUAAAUAAUGAUAAUGAUAAUAAAAAUUCGACACUGACAAGAUGCGACGCUCGGCACGAAUUAGUAAGCAGCCAGAUUCGCUAUCGGCAAAGGGGUCCGUUGCAAAAGAAUCGCGGUAUUUUGAAAAGAGCAAGGACGAUACCCUUGUCACACCCCGAGGGACGACCAGGACUAAAAAGAGGCCAGCCCAGCGGAUUCCGAACGACGCGUCGGACUCCGAUAGGGUUGAAGAAGAGUAUGCGGAGUCGGACGCCUCGGACAAGCCGCCACGGGCCAAGAGGCGAAAAGUGGCAGCUCGGUCUACUAGUUCCACUACGACUACUACUGCUUCUAACAAGAAGAAAAAUGGCAACGCGCAACUACGAUACGAGCGCCUCUUCGGCAGAACGGAGAAUGAUGCGGCGGGGAUAGUUCGAGCUAUUAGUCCUCCAACUAAGAUAGGCCACCUGGACCGCGUGCACGGCUUGGAAUACCACCGUCCGCUGCUCCUGGACAGCCGACAGGGACGCGACGCGCUGCUGGCAUGGUUCGACGCGGUGAGCACGGCGCGCCAGAUGCCCUGGCGCAAGGCGUGGAUCGACCCAACCACUAUCCAGAAUGCGGACAGGCGGCGCGAGCUCCUGUCGCGCCGCGCCUACGAGGUCUGGAUCAGCGAGAUCAUGCUGCAGCAGACGCGCGUCGCGACCGUCAUCGACUACUGGAACCGGUGGAUGGCGCGGUGGCCGACGAUCGAGGAGCUCAGCGCCGCGAAGGCCGAGGAGGUCACGUCCGCGUGGAGGGGUUUGGGCUACUACGGCCGCUCGCGGCGCAUAUACGAGGCCGCGAGGUUCGUGUGCGCUGAUGACGAGAUGCGCGGCUUGCUCCCCGAGAAUGUGGAGACGCUGGUGAAGAAGGUGGCGGGCGUGGGGCGCUACACGGCGGGCGCGGUCGCGGCGAUCGUGUUUGGGAGGGCGGCGCCGAUGGUGGAUGGGAAUGUGCUGAGGGUGCUGAGUCGGCAGAUGGGCGUCUACGGCGAUGUCAAAGCGGAUAAGGCGGUUAUCGAGCUGAUUUGGGCUGCAGCGGAUAGCCUGGUGAAGGUUGUGGCGCGGGACAGGCCUUCUGGAGACGAGGAGAAAGGGGAUGAGGAGGAAGAGGAGCUACGUAGUGACAGGCCCGGUCGCUGGGGACAAGCGCUGAUGGAAAUCGGCAGUACGGUGUGUACGCCCAAGCCAAAAUGCGAGGUUUGUCCCAUCAGCGCGAGUUGUCGCGCAUACGCCGAGGGUCUGCAAAGACUUACAGAUAAGCGUUCAAGUCGAGUAUCCAAGGCUCUAGAUAUCGAGGAUGCUUGCACGAUUUGCAAGCCAUUUGACGUAGGGUUAGAAGUAGGGAAGGAUGGAACGGAGUUGGGAAGCGAAGAGGAGGAAGAGGAAGAGGCUACCCCUGAUCCUAACUCAGAAGCGCCACCGUCACUACCAAAGCAAGCCCGAUUAAGCUCCACAGAUAGGGACUUGAUCGCAACAUACGCACAAAACUUCCCCCUCAAAGUGAAGAAAAAGGCGGUGCGCGAGGAAGAAAUCGUAGUCUGCGCCCUCCGACGCAGCAGUGACGGGCGGUUCCUCAUACACCAGCGGCCCGCGAAAGGACUGCUGGCGGGGCUCUGGGAGCUGCCGAGUCACCCGUUAACAGACAAGCCGACGAGGAAAACGGCGAAGGGGAGGAAGAGAGUAGCGGAGACGCUCGUGGUGGAAGCACUGUUGAGCCGUGAGGUGAGGAAGAGGACGAGAUAUGUCGGGGAGUUGGGCUCUGUGCCGUGGCUCUUCUCACACUUGAAGUUGACGAUGCAUGUUCAACUGUUUGAGAUUGAUGGGGAGGUCGAUAGGGAGGAUGUGCCGGGUACGAGGAACCCUUUUGGCGCCACGGCAAUCCAAGACUCUCGGUGGAGUGAUGCAGAGGGUAUUGAGGAGGAGUCGAUGGGGACGGGGAUGCGAAAGUGUUGGGCUCUGGUUAAGGAGGCAAUUAGGGGUUGAAGCAGGUUGAAGCAGGUUGAAGUCAGGUUGGAUAAACUUGUUUUGAUGAUAGAUUAUAUUAUUUCUUUGUCAAGAUGUAUCUAAAUAUUGCAUACUCUACACCUGCAUACAGCACCUGGCCCAACAACGCAUUAUCAUAUUGAUCAAGUUAAGCACCAAGAAAAGAGUCGUGAUGACUCAAUUGGACAACGCACAAUCCCAGGGUGAGAGAGCUGGAGAGCAAGGCAAUGAUUCUGGGUUCUGGCCCAAGAUGUGGAAACAGUUGAGUCAGCACCCCCGUCGUCCCCUGUUCACUUGGGUCGGUUUGCUGAUUACUAGAUGAUUAUAAUUAUUAUUCUAAUAGUUCGAAAGGGGCAAAACAUGAUACCUAGUAGUUAUAACUAACUUCGCCCUUUUCAGAUCUUCACCUAAUUGGUGUUAGUCUAACACCAAGAAGCAAAAGCAAAAGCAAAAGCAAAGGCACAAGCACAAGCAAAAGCACUGAGACAUGCUAAAUGCCGAUGGAUCAUCAAUGGGCUCUAAUGCCUCAGGUCUCGGCAAGGAC